AUACGUGUAGGUGGUAAACUGGAAAUCACGGAGUUCGGAGAGCAAUAAUUGUCGGAAGGAAACAUUCUCAGAUUCUCUCCGUCCGCAAGCUCUUCCACGAUGCACGCUCUUCUCUUGGACUCUUUCAAUCGACUCUGUUUCUGUGUCUCUUCCUCUUCCUCUGGUUUUGUUCCCAUUUCAAUCUUCACCCAUUCUAUUUUUACUCUCUCUGUUUUUUCUAAUCCUCCAUGGAUGACCGCAUUGAAGACGAUGAAAAGGAGGCAUUAGCCGGCCUAACCUCCGCCCCUCCGAGAGCCCAGAAGAUACAUUCUCACAGCCAACAACUUCGUGCCUCCUCCGCCCAGAAACGCCAACAUAAAGUCCGCAAGCACAGUCUCGAAGAUAUCUCCAAACCCAUCAUCUCUACCACCUCCUCCACUGAGGACCACUUCUACGAAUCCACCGACGAUGAGUUCUUCCCCUACUCCACCACCACAAACAGUGCUGGUGAAGAGUACGUUGCGCAGAGGCUCGAUCAAGGCCUUGGAUUGGACAAUGGGCCUGAAGAGCUUCGACAAUGCCAGCCUAUGCUAGAAUUCAUUGGGAGCGGCGGAGGUAGUGGAAUCUUCAAAGUUCCAAUACGGGCCGCCGUCCAUCCCGGACGCCCACCGUGCCUCGAAUUGAGGCCGCAUCCGUUGAGGGAAACUCAAGUGGGCAAGUUCUUGAGGAACAUUGUUUGUACGGACAAGCAAUUGUGGGCUGGGCAGGAGAGCGGGGUCAGGGUCUGGAGUUUCGAGGAUGCGCACGAGGCUGGCCGUGGGGUCGGCGGGAAGGUGAGGAGAGGGGACGAGGAUGCGGCUCCGUUUCACGAGUCCGGGAACAUGUCGCCCACCAUGUGUUUGAUGGUUGAUUGGGGGAACAGGUUGGUCUGGAGUGGCCAUAAGGACGGGAAGAUCAGAUCAUGGAAAAUGGACCAGAGUUUGAAAGAUGAUGCUUUAAUCAAGGAAGGACUUUCGUGGCAGGGGCAUAAGGGUCCUGUUCUUUCCAUGGUCAUGAGCUCUUAUGGCGACCUUUGGUCAGGUUCAGAGGGUGGCAUUAUUAAGAUAUGGCCAUGGGAAUCCAUGGAGAAAUCUCUCUCCCUUUCGCCAGAGGAGAAGCACAUGGCUGCUUUGUUAGUGGAGAGGUCAAGCAUUGACCUUAGGAGCCAAGUUACUAUUAAUGGUACCUGUAGUAUAUCUUCUUCAGAUGUAAAGUGUUUAUUGUCCGAUAAUGUGAGAGCCAAAGUUUGGUGUGCUCAGCCUUCAUCUUUCUCAAUUUGGGAUGCUCGUACAAAGGAGUUACUAAAAGUAUUCAACGUUGAUGGUCAACUCGAGAAUCGAGCUGAUGUGCCUUCAUCACAAGAUCAGCAACCAGUAGAAGAUGAAAUGAAGGUAAAAUUUGUUUCCACAUCAAAAAAGGAGAAAUCUGGGGGCUUUCUUCAAAGGUCACGUAAUGCGAUAAUGGGAGCAGCAGAUGCUGUUCGUCGCGUUGCAACCAGAGGAGCAGGUGCAUUUGUUGAAGAAAACAAGAAAACAGAAGCACUACUUCUUGCUGUGGAUGGAACGAUAUGGACUGGGAGCACAAAUGGCUUGCUUGUGCAGUGGGAUGGAAAUGGGAAUCGUUUGCAGGAGUUCAAUCACCAUUCUUGUGCUGUCCAAUGCUUUUGCUCUUUUGGGACUCGGAUUUAUGUAGGCUAUGUGAGUGGUAUGAUCCAAGUAAUGGACCUUGAAGGAAGCCUAAUUGCAGGAUGGAUUGCUCAUAAUGGUCCAGUUAUAAAGUUAGCAGCAGGGCAUGGCUAUGUUUUUAGCUUGGCUACUCAUGGAGGUAUACGCGGAUGGAAUAUCACUUCUCCAGGACCUCUUGACAAUAUCAUCCGAUCAGAAUUGGCUGCACAAGAAGUUAUUUACACUAGGCGAGAGAGUUUCAGGAUUCUGAUUGGUACAUGGAAUGUUGGUCAAGGUAGAGCCUCCCAUGAAUCACUUACGUCGUGGUUAGGUUCUGUUGCAUCGGAUGUCGGUAUUAUUGUCGUUGGGUUGCAAGAAGUAGAGAUGGGUGCAGGCUUUCUUGCAAUGUCUGCAGCAAAAGAAACUGUAGGACUUGAAGGGAGCUCUGUUGGGCAGUGGUGGCUGGACAACAUAGGGAAGGCCUUAGACGAAGGAACAGCUUUUGAACGUAUGGGUUCUAGGCAGCUGGCUGGCUUGCUUGUUUCUCUUUGGGUGAGAAAGAACCUUAGAACACAUGUUGGAGACAUUGAUGCAGGAGCUGUUCCAUGCGGGUUCGGACGUGCUAUUGGUAAUAAGGGAGGCGUAGGAUUGAGAAUUAGAGUAUAUGAUCGGAUAAUGUGCUUUGUGAACUGUCACUUGGCCGCUCAUUUAGAAGCAGUCAAUCGCCGGAAUGCUGAUUUUGAUCACAUUUAUCGAACAAUGGUCUUCAGCCGUUCAUCACACCUUUCCAAUACUGCAGCUGGUAUGGUGCCACACCUGAUUUUGUGUUGCUCUCUUGCCUUCUCCACAUAUUUACUUUGGCUGCUUUAUAUUUCUGGCUUGCCAUGGGUCCUCUCUCUUGCAGCUGGUGUCUCAACUGCGAGUCAUAUUCUUAAGAGUACAAAUUCAACGAGUGUCAAUUCUGAAGAACCGAAGCCUGAUUUAUCAGAAGCAGAUAUGGUUGUAUUCUUUGGUGAUUUUAACUACCGGCUUUUCGGUAUAUCUUAUGAUGAAGCAAGGGACUUUGUUUCUCAAAGAUGCUUUGAUUGGCUAAGAGAAAAGGAUCAACUCAGGGCGGAGAUGAAGGCUGGGAAAGUUUUCCAAGGAAUGCGUGAGGCGCUGAUCAGAUUCCCACCAACUUACAAGUUUGAAAGGCGUCAAGCAGGCUUAGGAGGAUAUGAUUCUGGGGAGAAAAAGAGAAUUCCUGCUUGGUGUGAUAGAAUAAUAUAUCGCGAUAAUCGGUCUGAUCCCAUGUCUGGCUGCAGUUUAAACUGCCCUGUAGUCUCGUCGGUAAUAAUGUAUGAUGCUUGCAUGGAUGUGACAGAGAGUGAUCACAAACCCGUUUGCUGCAAAUUCCAUGUUCAAAUUGCUCAUGCGGAUAGAUCGGUUAGGAGGGAGGAGUUUGGAAAGAUCAUUACUUCAAAUGAGAAAUUGAGGUCUAUGCUAGAAGAACUACGUUAUGUUCCGGAAACCAAUGUUAGCACCACCAACAUAAUUCUUCAGAACCAGGAUACAUCCAUUCUGAGAAUCACUAACAAAUGUGCGAACGAGAAAGCUGUGUUUCAGAUUACUUGUGAAGGUCAGUCGACUCUCAGGGAUGAUGGAGAGCCAGCUGACAAUCGGCCAAGGGGUGCUUUGGGAUUCCCCAGAUGGCUUGAGGUGACGCCAGCAGCUGGCAUAAUUGAGCCUCAGCAGUAUGUGGAGGUCUCUGUACAUCAUGAAGAAUUCCACACUUUAGAAGAGUUUGUUGAUGGCAUUCCACAAAACUGGUGGUGUGAAGACACAAGAGAUAAGGAAGUGAUUUUGGCUGUGAAUGUCCAAGGGCGUUGUUCAACGGAGAAGAGUCGUCAUCUAAUCCAUGUUCGUCACUGCUUCUCGGCAAAGACAGUUCGGAUUGACUCAAGAUCCAACAGUUCUAAGAAAAACCAAGGAGGAUCACGUCACAGGUCAGAACAUAGACAGCAAAGCAGCUCUUCUGACAAGGCUGAUGGUCGGAGUUCAGACAACAAACGAAGCUAGAAAUCGAUAUUUCAGGGCGCAUGUUGAUGCAUCUUCUGGGGGUAUUUUGCAGAGGGAAUGCCUACGGAUGCCAGUGUCAGCAAGCAUCUUAAUGUAUAUACAUUGAAGCUGGGUUGCUAUUUUGAAUCACAUUGAAACUGGUCAAUUUUAGUUUGUCUAUCAGUUUUAGUAUUUGUCAUCAGUUGCCAACUUUAGUUGUAACAUUCUAGGCCAGAUGAUUUGUUCCACAUUUUUUUGUAAUCAGGUAGAGAGGAAAGAAACUUGGAGCUGUUCGUUUUUGCUUUCUGUUGUUGUAUCAGACUAAAUGAACUGCAAACAAAAUAAGUCUCAGAUUCUUCUUUCUUU